AUGGCGGGUUCAGCUUCAACUCUCCACCUCUUCAGGUCAUCAACUACGCACUGCAACCGUGCCUUUGAGAUUAUCAAACAAUCUCCCGCUUUUAAAAAGCGCUUUUCGUUCACCUGCUUCUCUUCCAAGAAGAAACAGCUAAGUUUCAUGGACCAAAUCCUGGAUUACAUCGAAGGGGGUCCAAAGUUAAGGAAAUGGUAUGGGGCAUCUGAUCUUUUGCCGAAAGAUGGAAAUGAUUCGAGAGAAGAUGAGGCGGAAGGAGAAGAGGAAGUUAGAGAUGCAGUGUUAGUAACCGAUGGAGAUAAUGAGAUUGGUCAGAUGAUCAUACUCUCUCUCAUUAUCAAAAGAGUUCGAGUAAAGGCACUUGUGAAGGAUAAGCGGGUAGCGAGUGAAGCAUUUGGCACAUAUGUUGAGUCUAUGGCUGGUGACACAAAGGACAAGAUAUUUUUGAAGAAGGCUUUAAGAGGUGUCAGCGCAAUUAUAUGCCCAAUCGAAGGUUUUUUGUGUAAUAUAGACAGCUGGAAAGGAAUAGAGCACGUGAUUCUGUUAUCUCAGCUGUCUGUGUAUAGGGAAUCUAGUGGCAUUCAAGCCAUCAUGAAUAGUAACGCAAGAAAACUAGCAGAGCAAGACGAGAAUCUAGUAAAGGCAUCUGCAGUCCCCUAUACCAUCAUCAGAACAGGGGUUCUGAAAAAUACUCCCGGUGGCCAGCAAGGUUUCAACUUUGAAGAGGGAAGUGCAGCAAAGGGAAGUAUUAGUAAGGAAGAUGCUGCGUUUAUUUGCGUCGAGGCCCUUGAUAAUGUCCCUCAGAAAGGGCUGAUAUUUGAGGUCGUAAAUGGCGAGGAGAAAGUUUCUGAUUGGAAAAAGUGCUUCGCUAUAUUGAUGGAUAGGUCAGCCGAGUAG